UUUCGCGCAGGCUCUCUGCGCCAGGUUCUCACCAUUUGCACGAGCUUUGCCUCAUUUCGGGUUUUUCAUCGGACCACCGAUUGCAAUGCGAACUGCAUUCUUGCUCCUCGCUACCGCUCUCGCAGUCUGCGGCCGUAACCUUUGUGAUACUUCGCCAACCUCGACGCCAACCUUGACACCAGCGCCGACCCCAGCGCCGACACCAGCGCCGACACCAGCGCCGACACCAGCGCCGACACCAGCGCCGAUAUCUUUUGUGAAUGGCGUCCGAGUCAACAUCUUUGCGGACAAUGGCGCCGGGUUGAGCGGGUGGUCCGGCGUUUUACCGAGUGCGCUCUAUACGGCCUGGGCGAUUCCGACCGCCGGCACUACAUUGGUCUACAGUAUCAAUAACGUGCCGGGGGGCAUUGCAAUCGACGUCCCGGACUUCAAACUUCAACUGCAAAUGUGCAAAGCGUGCGACCCACUGCCAAACGGCAAAGCGAUCCAAUUGCACACAACCGGUAGCUCGGUGUGGACGUACACGACCGUUGACGCUUCGCACAUCACGCUAAUCGACGAAGACAAUUUGUGCUUGACGCGCUGCCCAGGGUGCAUACCGGCACCCGAUGCAGCCGUCGGUGACUCGGUCCUGGCCCAGCCGUGCAACAACUUGCCAACGCAAGUGUGGACCAUCUCCCCCGUGGCGUAGCACCAACGUCAUGUUCUUGGACACUUGAGCAAUAUUAAUGUGUAUACCCUUCCACUUUGUUCA